AUGCAACUUUCUUCUUCUGUACGUGACCGCUCUUUUUAUGCCAAUUUUUAUUGUCGUCACCCGUCAGAAAUAGAAAUAAUCGAUAAAUUUCCACCAAUAAUACCAUCAUCGUCAUCAGCAUCAUCUCCAUCUUAUGCUUUAAGAAUAUCAUCUGAAAUACCAACAGCAACAACACCAUUAUCAGAUGUCUGUUUAAGUGCUGCUUCAGGUUUUUUUUCAUCAUCCGAAUGCUCAUCAUCUGAAUCAACAGGUUCCUAUACGAAACGUAGGCGAACAACAGCACCUGUUAUACAAGAACGUUUAAAUACGUAUGAGUCAGCUCGUAUUCGUCCAAGCUUACCAUUGUCAUCUGUAACAUUAUCCAAACAAAAAAUUCAAUCUAUUUCUGCUGUAUCUACUCCAUCUCUAGUCAAUUCAAUCGCUCCUCAACAAAUACCGGCUGAACAAACAACAUCAUUUCUAACGAAUACAACCAAUUUAAUUGAUAAUGAUGCGUCAAAACCAUUGAUAACAAAUGAAGCCAAUUCAUCAUCAUUAAAUACAAGCAUAAAUGAAAAAUUAAUACCAUUAGGUUCAUGUAAAAAAAUUUUAUCGAAAUCAACAAGUCAACUUUGUGAUCGACUAUUAAACGAUGUCAAAGAAGAACAAGUAUCUGCAUCAUCAAAAAGUAUUCUUGAUGUUAUACAAGAUGAAUUAUCUGAAAUUCGUCGAGCAGAUCAUGAUUUAAAGAGCAUGUUUCUAUCAAUUUAUAGUAAAAUUCAAACAAUUCAACAAUUAAAAUCAACACCAGUUCAUCAACCUAAAGUUCAACGAUAUCACUAUCAUCAUAAUGAACGACCUGCACGUUUAAUGACGCACUGCUGCUUUUCGAGUAAUAGCGAUAUUCGUCGAAUAAGUUGUACUCAUCAUCAUAAUCGAAAAUAUGCACUUCAUACAGUUGCAGCAUUGCGUAAUCAAAUGAACAAUUCGAGAUUAUCAUCAACAGCAGAUAAUGACAGCUAUGUAGAUACAGAUUCUUUGUCUUCCGCAUCGGACAGUGGUGCAUGUAGUUCACCAGUUGAUAAUGGACCAUGUGGUGAUGACUAA